AUGGAGGUUGUAGGAGUACUUUGGGAAGUUGCUACCUGUUUGUUCAGCAGCGGUAAAGUCCACGCUUCCUAUGUUUAUAAGCUAGAGAAGAAUCUCGCAUCAUUACAAGAGAAGUGGGUUGAUCUUCAAAACAUUAGGAAGGAUCUGCAUAGAAGAAUCGAUGAUGCUGAGGAGACUGGGGAGAUGAAAAGGACAGAGGAAGUGAAUGGUUGGCUGGAAAAAGUUCAAAAACUUGAAGAGGUAAUGGAGGAAAUUCAAAACCAAGGUUCUCUAGAAACUCAUAAUAAAUGUCUAAGCGGUUGUUGCCCAAAGAAUUGUGUGUCAAGCUACAAGUUAGGAAAGAGAGUUGUGGCCAUGCUUAGGGAGGUGGAUGGACUCUCGGAGAAACGUUUAGUUGAUAUUGCUUACAACCUACACUCUGGGGUGGUGGAUGAGAUGCCUUAUGUUGAGACUAUAGGCUUGGAUUUGAUGCUCAACAGAGUCUGGAAUACUAUUGAAGAUAAAAAUGUAAACAUGAUUGGUUUAUAUGGAAUGGGUGGGGCUGGAAAAACCACCCUUAUGAAGAGAAUUCACGGUGAAUUUGGAAAGAGACAGCACAACUUUGAUAUAGUGUUGUGGGUGGUGGUUUCUAGAUAUUGUGAUAUUGAUAAAAUUAUGGAUUCCAUUCGAAAGAGCUUAGGGAUCAAUGAUUAUAUUUGGGACAAACGUAAUCCAGAUGAAAGAGUGGCAACGAUUUAUCGAGUCCUGAAAACAAAGAAAUUUGUGCUAAUGUUAGACGAUUUAUGGGGAGAGUUGGAACUAGAAAAGGUGGGAGUUCCACAUCCGAAGGAUACUAAUAAUCAUUCAAAAGUGUUGUUCACAACACGGAAUGAGGAUGUGUGUGCUAAAAUGCAAGCGGGGAAGAAAUUUGAAGUGGAACGUUUAGGAGAGCAAGAAGCAUUUGAAUUGUUUUGUAAAAUGGUAGGUGAGGAGACAUUACGCAGUCACACAGAUAUUCAAAUGUUAGCAUGGGAUAUAGCUAAAUUAUGCAAAGGAUUGCCACUAGCACUGGUUACAGUGGGACGUGCCAUGUCAGGAGUGAAAAGCGUUGCAGCAUGGAGUCAAGCCAUGGGUGAUUUAACACGGUUCUCUUUCAUAGGUCUAAAGUUGGAAAAGGAUAUGUUUCGUAUCCUGACGUUUAGUUAUGACAGACUCCCAGAUGAAACACACAAGAGUUGCUUCCUAUAUUGUGCACUAUACCCAAAAGAUUAUGAAGUUGAGGUUAAAGAUUUAAUUGAUCGAUGGAUCGGAGAGGGAUUUCUGGGUAAAGGUAGAAUGAAGAAGAGUAUAUAUGAUAUGUAUGAGGAAGGGGAAUCUAUCAUUGAAAAAUUAAAGCUUUCAUGUCUCUUAGAGGGCGUUGAAGAUUAUCGUAAUGGGACAUUUAGAAUUAAGAUGCAUGAUGUGAUAAGAGAUAUGGCACUAUGGUUAGCCCGUGAUGGAGAUCGAAAUAAAGACAAAGUUGUAGUUGAAGGGGAGGCAUUAGGCAUGUCAGAAAUGGAUUUUGAAAGGUUGAAUGAUGUGGAAAGGAUUUCAAUUAUAAAUGCUGCGAGUGGAAGUUGGCAAGUACCAUCUUGUCCAAAUCUCUUAACCCUAUGUGUACGGGGGGAUGAUGUGAAUAUCACUGACUUUUCGAAUCUGGAAUCCAUGACAAGGUUGAAAGUCUUAGACCUAUCAGACAAUGAUAUUGACCAUCCACUAACAGAAAUAAAAGAAUUAAUGAGGUUGGAAUACCUUAAUCUGUCAUUUACGAAAAUACGAAAUGGGUUGCAAAUUGGUUGGAAGAAUUUGAAAAUGUUGAGGGUACUGCUUAUGGAAUAUCUUAAUUGUAACAUCAUUUCUUUAAAAGAGAUUGAAAGUCUUAAGCAGUUGAAGGUGUUUAGAUUAAUUUCCUAUUUUGGAUCAUUAAGUGCAGAAGAGGAGAAAGCACUACUAGAGAAGUUGGAGUGCUUACCAAAAUUGGAAGAACUGUGCAUCGAAUUAAGAACCACCCCAGGUCUCCAUAAGUUACUCGAGUCGAACAAAUUGAGGGAUUGCUUGAGACGUUUUCUGCUUCGGAGUAUCACGUCAUUUGAUAUGGCAUCAUUUUUAGCAUCUGGAAUGAAGCAUCUGGAAUGGAUAGAUUUACGGGAAAUAGAAAAUAUUAAGGAAAGUUCACCCAUUGCUGACACUUUCCAUCUUCCCAAGCUUCGUCAGGUGCAGAUUGUAGAUUGUCAAUCAAUAACUCAUUUGACAUGGCUGAGGUAUGCUCCGCUUCUUGAGUAUCUUUAUGUUGCCAAUUGUGAUUCAAUUGAAGAAGUGGUGAAGGAAGCCGAGGAUGACAGAGACAACUCUAAUGAUAUAUUCCCAAAUCUUAGACAUCUCUCCCUUAAUCAUUUGCCAAAGCUGAAGAGCAUCCACAAGAGAGCAUUGGCUUUUCCUUCCCUUGAAUUCAUUGCUAUUGGUGAUUGCCGAAAUUUGAGGACGCUUUUCCUUUGA